AUGCAAUCCCAUGUGGAGACCAAUUUGACCGGAGUUCAUUGUUAUGACUGCAAAAGAGAAAGGAAACUCGUAUCGUCUAAGGACGGAGAAGCUUUUUACGAGUGUGAGGGCUGCGGUUCCAAAGAACCAGAGGAAUUAAUUCGCCAGAGAAACUGGAAUUUGGGAAUUUACGACGAUAACGAAGUAAAUUCGUCCUUUGGAUCCAUCAAUAGUAACUAUACACCAAAACAAAGGGACAAAAGUAAUGAGCAAAAUUACUUAUCUUCUGAAAAUUUUAAGUCCAACAGUAGUGAAACGCCAUACCCAGCCGUUUCAUUUUCGGAGCCGAGCAAAAAUUGGACAACGAAGGAAUGGGUUGAGGGAAUAUCCACGUUUCUAACAAUACAGGAGCGAAGGCUUAAAGCAAAACAACGCAGAAUAGAGUAUCUUCUUAAGGAAAUUGAGAGGAAUAAAAAUGAGAAUUCAGAAUUGAAUUCGCGUAUAAAAUUCUUAGAAAAUGGGAACAACAGAAUGGCAUCUCAACUUUAUCCUGCACAUUUUAACCAGGAUUUACCACCCCAUCUAGAUUUCGCGGACGAAGAACUAUUUUCGUCUUUUGAAAAUAUUGAGAUGACACCUUCACCAGUCGAGAAUCGAGAAAGUAUUGACGAUUUAUCGAGGCAGAUUGAGAAGCAUAUGAGAAAAGAAAAGGAGUCACAAGAAGCGGAUGAUGAUCUAAGAACUAGAAAUGAAAUAUUACAAAAGCAAAUUGUGAAUCAUAAGAAAAAAGAAAAGGAAUUGCAGGAAGAAAUUGACAAUCUAAGGACCAGGAAUGAGGGAUUAGAAAAACAAAUCGAGAACAAUAAGAAGGCAUUGCAAGAAGUUGAAACUAAUAAUGAGAUAUUGGAAAAGCAUUAUAUGGAAAAAGAAAAGGCAUUGCAAGAAAAAGUUGAUGAACUAAAGGCUAAAAAUGUAGAGUUGGAAAAGCAGAAUGAAGAGGAGAAAGCGAAUGUGUCAAAGCUGAGAAGUACCAAUAACGUUUUGGUUUCUUCAAUCCAAACGCCAUAUAUGGAGGCACAGAAUUUACUCUCACUCAAGAUCAGAUCUUUAGAAACUACUAAUAGAGAUCUAGAAAACAAAAUUGAAAUACUAGAAAAUGAAUUAAAAAAUGAGCCAAAAAUAUUAAAGGGGGAAAACGAAAAUCUUAAGAAGAAAAUAAAGUUACUAGAAACAGAUUUGAAGGAAGAACGUGAGAAAGUCGUAAGGUUGGAAAGAGAGCGUAUUGAACGUGUAUCUUGA